ACGUUAAUUUUUUUGAAAAGACAAAACCGUGUCUGACCAAGUCGUGUCGCUGUCACCUAAAUAUUUGCCUAAAAAUUUGGAUGAUUUGAUUUAUGAGAAGCUUGGAAGGAUUAUUCCAGUUAAUCUUAGGAAAUGUCUUCGAAAAACCGUACAAUUCAAAAUUUUAUUACCUUAGUUCCUGAUUACAUCCGAUCGAAGAGUGAAAGACAUGAAUCCGAAAUUCAAAGGUGCCUUCAGGUUUUGUGUCUUAUGGAAAACCUUACACUUUUUGAUACUCCCCAAGGAUAUACUACAGAAUUUUUUAUCAAUGUUAGAGAGCUUUUAAGAACAUGCGACAACAAAUCUAAUUUGGGGUGGAAGGGAAUAGAUAUGGUCAAACAUUUGAGUUCAAAUUCUUCUAUUUGUGAGCUUCUUUGUCAAUUUCAAUUUGUUCCAGUUCUCUCCCACUAUCUUCAAGGGCAAUUGGAAUCUGAUAAAGCUGUCUUAUUGCUCUCUUUGCUAGAGACAUUAACUGAUGGAAUAAUUGUAGACCGAUCAGGGUACUGGCUUAGCAAUAUUUUAAAAUAUCUUACUAGUGCUAUCUUGGAGAAAUCAGACUACACACUACCUCAUCUGCUUGCUGUUUUAUCCAAUUUAUGCUUUGAAAACUAUGUUGUGGUCAAUGAAUUGCAAAGGACAAAUCGUUCUGAAGACUUGCACCAAUACCUUGUCCAAUUGCAAGCAGAUAACCUUUUGCUUCAACUGUAUGCAUCUCAGGUUUUCUUUAGCUCUCUGGCAAUAGGUUCAAUCAGUGAAUUAAUGCUGACCAAUUACUUAAAAACAGUACUAGACACACUCACAGUCGGCUUCAAGAGUAGUAACACCAAAAUGAUCAAGCGAAGUUGCUGUAUUUUACUGUGGAUGACACGUGAUCGCCUAAUCCUUGAUCUGCUGAAAGCAAAUCGUUUCCAACAGCUACUACAGAGUUCUUUGGAAGGCUUGUUCAAGCUUGUUCCAAAAUUGCUUACUUCAUCUCAACAUGCCAGUGAUGCAGCCAACUGCAUUUUGUUCUACACAACAAAAAUACUCCGUACUCAGCUUGUUGUCAACAAGGAGUUCACCGAAGCCUUUAUCCCGGCCCUCGUUCCACUUCUUACGAACGCCGCCCUCAACGAAAAUUUACUUGAACUUUUGGCUGAUUUAACAAACAUCACACCGAGCCUUAACUUAAACGAAGAAAGCCUCGAUCGUCUAGUUGUGAAUCAACUGAACGAUUUUAAGAAUCCUGCCUGCAAGACAUCUUGCAAAAUUCUUGGACAUGCCUUGCAGAUUCUAAAAAAGCUUUACAAAGUUCAACCUUCCAACAUCCGGGUUGCAUCGAUGCUCAAACCGGAAACCUUUGUCAAAAUCGUUUCCGUUUUUACGGAUUUCGGCGAAGAAGUGGACCAGAAGAACUCCGACUUGACCCUCAUCCCCAAUCCUGCCGUUGUUUCACGUUAUUCUCCAGAAUCUAGAAUCAUUGUUGUCCAGUGUCUUACACUGUUCGGAGAUAUUGCUUUCCGAGAAAGAGACCAACUACCAAUUUACAGUGAUUUGCUGACAAAACCUAAUGUGCAACAGUGCCUAGCAUCUGCAAUCGUACUUGGUGACUGUCACCUCAAACAAGACGCUUUAGCUCUUAUUGGUACAGUAGGGUUUAAUCGCGAAAGCUUAGCUGGUCUGUCGUAUGCUAUGGAUCAGUUGUACUCCCGACGUGGCAGCGUUACCGAUGAGAAGGAUCCAUUGGUAAACCGUUCAAUUUUGAACGUGACCAUGUCUCCUGAACAAAUAAAGAAACUGGACAAAAUCACACAAGACAUGAAACACGACAAAUUUUGGGAGACGAUGAAAAAUUGCGACGUGGUUGAAUUGAUGGAGUUACAAAUUGCACGACGAGAGCGGGAAGAACUUCGAUUGCUACACCAGCUGGAUUCGUAUAAACAAGAAGUCGAUUCAUUAAAAAUAAAUAUCAUUCAAAUUGGAGCUGAGAAUGAACGGAUAAUGGCUAUGCUCCUCAGCAAAACUCAACUCAUUGAAAGCAAAGAGUCGGAGAACCGAGCUAUUUCGAGGCGUCUUGAAAAAAUGACCGAUACGCAACGAGCCAAUCAGCAUGACUGGACAAGAGAGCGUGAGAGAUUGCAAAGGGAAAAGGAUAAAUUUGAAGUGGCGCAGACUGAAAAAACGAAUCAGAUCCAAUCCCAGCUCGAUGGGGCCUUGAAACAAAUUAGAAAUCUUGUUCAGAAAGGUGAAGAUAUGGAAGAAGAACUUAAGAAAUCGCAAAAAUCCUUGGAAGCUGCAAAGCUGGCAUACGAGAAAAAAUCGAAAGAUUUAGACAAACUGUCAAAUGAGUUCCAAGAGAUCAAGACUAACAGUGAUAACCUUGUAAAGUCGCUUCGUAAGAAAGAGAAAGAAAAUGAAGAAAAGGAUAGAGAAAUCAUCUCUAUGAAUCAGGCAAUCAAAAAAUCCGAAAUGGUGCGUGAAGAUUUGGAGGCUCGACUUAUCGAAUCUGAGAAAUCGUGUCAAGAGACCAAGAAGAAACUCACUAAGCUAGAGAAAAUUCAAGAAUUUAUCUAUGAUUUGUCUUCAGGCAAGAACAAACUCUUCGAGGAUAACAAAUAAUGAACAAUUUUAGUAAUAGAAAUACACAGGUCUGUAUUGGUGGAACCUUUUUUGCAACGUCUGAAAUACAGAGAUAUCUUCAUUACAA